AUGAUUUGCAGACUCGCGAUUGCGGCUACCGUCCUGCUUGCCGGAGCGCAGGCCCAACAAGCUACCAACUGCGAAUACCAGUCAUUGAAGUGCGGAUCGGCGCUUCUUGCUGCUCCUUUUAGCUAUACUGAGGCGCAAAUCGCGGCAGCUGUCAACGACACUGCCUCCAUUCCCCCUCUCACCACGGAUCAACUGUCCCAGACUCUGUACCACUGCACAGACAUUUUAGGGACUAUUACUGGAAAUGCUUUCUGCUUCGCUGGCUGCGACGUCAAGGGUACUACUCGAAAUGAUCAAUGUAUCAUGUAA